AUGGAUGGAUAUUUAAUGGCAGUUGUUGGGCACAGAGAGCCAUUGCCUGAUGACAGUAAAGACAACAUCACCAUUUUCACCCGCAUUCUCGACAGGCUGCUUGAUGGAUACGACAACAGGCUACGCCCUGGCCUGGGAGAGAGUGUGACAGAAGUCAGGACAAACAUCUACGUAACCAGUUUCGGGCCAGUGUCGGAUACAGACAUGGAGUACACCAUUGAUGUCUUCUUCCGUCAAAGUUGGAGGGACGAGAGGCUCAAGUUUGACGGACCCAUGCAAGUCCUGCCCCUCAACAACCUCCUGGCCAGUAAGAUUUGGACCCCUGAUACCUUUUUCCACAACGGAAAGAAAUCCGUGGCCCACAACAUGACCACUCCUAACAAGCUGUUGCGGCUCGUUGACAACGGCACGCUGCUUUACACCAUGAGGUUGACGAUUCAUGCUGAGUGUCCCAUGCACCUGGAGGAUUUUCCAAUGGAUGCACACGCCUGUCCUCUGAAGUUUGGAAGCUAUGCUUAUACCAAUAAUGAGGUAAUCUAUCUGUGGACCCAAGGCGAUGACAGAUCUGUUUCUGUAGCAGAAGAUGGAUCGAGGCUAAACCAAUACGACCUGCUGGGACACGUUAUUGGGAAGGAGACCAUCAGUUCCAGCACAGGAGAAUACGUAGUGAUGACAGCCCAUUUCCAUCUGAAAAGGAAAAUCGGAUAUUUUGUGAUUCAAACCUACCUCCCAUGCAUCAUGACCGUCAUACUGUCUCAGGUCUCCUUCUGGCUAAAUAGAGAAUCAGUUCCUGCCCGCACUGUAUUUGGUGUCACAACUGUCCUAACCAUGACCACACUGAGCAUCAGUGCUAGAAACUCCCUCCCUAAGGUGGCCUACGCCACAGCCAUGGACUGGUUCAUGGCUGUAUGCUAUGCCUUUGUCUUCUCCGCCCUGAUUGAGUUUGCCACUGUCAACUACUUCACCAAGCGCAGCUGGGCAUGGGACGGCAAGAAAGAGGGUAUGGAGAUAAGGGAACCCUUUCAGAGUAACAUUGCCAGGAUUAAAGAUAUGAGAAGAGAAUCAGCUUCUUUAUCCAAAAAGGCAAACAACACAUUCAACAUAGUUGGAACUACCUAUGCUAUCAAUGUAGCUAAAGAUCAAGGUUUAACAACCAUUUCCAAGAGCGCCACUGGACCUUCCUCCAAACAUCCCUAUCUCCAAAAGAUGGAAGAUCCAUACAUGGAGGCCAAAAAAUCCUACAACCGUGUCAGCAAAGUGGACAAGAUAUCACGCAUCAUUUUCCCGGUUCUUUUCUUCAUCUUCAACCUCGCUUACUGGGCCACGUAUGUCAACAGAAAACCUGCUAUUAUGAAAUCCAGCAACCAAAACUGA